AUGGUAGUGAAGAAGCCUAAUCAGUCUGUCACACAGAGCAUCAGCCCCAUUUUGUCACAAGGCUCCAAAAGUAUUCUCUCCCCACCUCGUUCACUGAUCCGUGAGAGUAACAAUGACAAGAAGAUCCUGGAACUGACCAAUCAGAUCAUCCACCUGCUGACUGGAGAGGUUCCUAUAAGGUGUGAGGAUGUCACUGUCUAUUUCUCCAUGGAGGAGUGGGAGUAUCUAGAAGGACACAAAGAUCUCUAUAACGACAUGAUGAUAGAGUAUCACCAGAUCCUCCACUCACUGGGUAAAUCUGUACCCGAUGGAUUCCAUGCCCUUCUUUCUGUGCCCAAUUAUGGAGCCAAAGAUGAAGCUGUGAUUAAAAAGUAUGAUUCAGAAAAAUGUCUGAAAUUCAACAAACCAAGAAAAAAACCAACUAAAUCAGUAACAUAUGUGUCACAAGGAUCGCCUAUAUAUGGUGAUGGAAAAUUCACAAACACGGACGACAACGAAAUUACAGAACAUAGAGUGACGCAUUCUCCUCAUUCUAUGGAGAAAUCAGUUUCAUGUGAAGAAGUAAAUACGACAGAGACUGACAUUCAUACACCCACAGAACGUACACAGACAGAAAAUCCAUCUACUCCUAUUAAAGAGGAAUCGUCCUCAUGUGAGGGACAUUUCCCAGACCUGGACAUUCAUACAUCCACAGAGCCUACACAGACUGAGUACUUACUUACCCCUAUUAAGGAAGAGCCAACAUCAUAUGAAGAGGCACAUUUCAAUGCUAUGGACCCUUAUGCAUCCACAGAAAAUACACAGGCAGAAUAUACAUCCACUCAAAUUAAGGAGGAAACAGUAUUACAUGACCAGGGAAAUUGUAAUGUUACAGAACGUACAUUGAUGGAGGAUGCAUUUACUUAUAUUGAAGGAUAUUUAAAUUCACCGAGGAUUCCUUCUAAGAAAUACUUAUCGGAAUAUAGAAAUCUGGAUUAUAUUAAUCAUAACUUAAUUAAAUCUCCCAUAUACAGACAUAGACCAAAAGGUUUUUGCAAAAAUUCUGCACUUGUAAAACAUCAUUCUGUUUGUACAGAAAACAAGCCGGCUUCUUCGGAAACAGGAAAAGUCAUCUUAUCUGAGUCUGAUCUCAUUCUACAUGAGAAGAAUCACAGAGAAAAUAAACAUUUGUCAUGUUCUGGAAGUGGGGAUCACUUUUUAAAUCUUUUUAAACAUCAGAGCAUUCACACAGGGGAACAGCUGUUCUCAUGCUUAGAAUGUGGGAAGUCAUUUAACGUAAGGCAUACUCUUCUUAGGCAUCAGAGGAUUCACACGGGUGAGAAACCAUUUAAAUGCACUGAAUGUGGGAAAUGUUUUAACUUGAAGCAUAAUCUUACAACGCAUCAGAAAAUUCACACUGGAGAAAAACCAUUUAUAUGCAGUGAAUGUGGGAAAUGCUUUAACAAAAAGUCUAGUCUCAUUAGGCAUCAGAAGGUUCAUACAGGAGAAAAACAAUUUAAAUGCACUGAAUGUACAAGGUCUUUUAGCCUAAAACGCAAUCUUAUUGCGCAUCAGAGGAUUCACACAGGUGAUUUAUCCAUUAACAUGCAGUAG